GCACAAAGUGCAGCCCUGCACGAUGAGUUCCACGCCUGCACCUUCCGACAUAGUGAGGAAGGCAGCGGAAGAGGAUAGCAAGGCUUCUCUCGAGACGUGGGGACCCGAGGCAUUCGCACGUCGCACGCGCACCAAGAUCCACAACCUCGGCGCGCCCUUGCCGCCAUGGGAGAGCAAGGAGCAGCGCCCGACACCGGCCGCCCGCGGCAUCCCCAAGUCCAUCAACAUCAUCCUGCUCGGGCCUACAGGUUCCGGCAAGUCGUCGCUCGUUUACACAUGGUGGAGAGCGCUGAGCGGUAGCGUGACGGGGAAAGAAGAGUUCCUAGCCGAGCAUGUCCACGAUUCGUUCCUGCAACGAUUACGGGUCGGCUGGAACGCUAAGGAAGGGGAAGAGGCACGACAACGGGCGCAACAACAACAGCAACAACAACAUAAACAUCCAGCGCUGGCAACGGGCGCAAGCUCGGUAGCGCCACCAACGGCGCCGGGGGGCGGUGCGUUGCUGAAGGCGGCACCGCGGCACGGAACGAAGGGGUUGGACGCCUUCCAGCUGCAGGCCCCCGACCCCCACAGGGGGUGCACGGGGAUAACGGUGCACGACACCAAGGGGCAGCAAUUUUUCACCGAAGAAGAGGAAAGGUUUGCGGAGCAGAUGCUCCAGGGCAAGGUGGAGGAGGGAAGCGCCGUCGACAAGCAGAACUACAAGUACUGGUUCAUGCUUGGCAAUUUUGGGUUCUUCAGCACGGCCAGCCUGGCGGCAGCACCUCACGUCGUGGUUCUCGUGUUCGAUGUGACGCUGCGAAGCUUCCAACAAAUGCUGAGAGAACCGGAGGCGAACGAGCUGUGCCGGUGCUACCGUAAGAUCGUGCGAAGAGCGGCGAAGCAAGGACACGAAGUCUUCGCGGUGUUGACGCAUAUCGACGCGUAUGCCCCAGACGAAGACGACGAAAGCACCAGUAGCGAUUGGGAGGAGGAGGAAGAGGGCACCGAGGCGGACACUGAGGCAGAGACUGCCACGGAGGAAGGUUCUCUCGAACAGUCCGCGGAAGCGUCUCCAGGCGAUGGUGGUAGCGAAGAAGCUUCUUCGAACGCGCAAGAAAGUUCGUUGAACGGGCACGAAGGUGUUUCGAAUGCGAAAGCAUCUUCUUCGAGCGGGAUGGAGCAUCCCUCGAAUGGCAACGAGUCAGCGGGAGCGGGAGAGUUUGAUCGGGAGGCAGAGCUGCCCGGAAUCAUUUCCUUGUGGUGCGAGGGGCUCUCGCAGGCAUUGGGCAACGACCCAGAGGCGCCCCUGCCGAAGGAAAACGUCUUCGCAGUGCAGAACUACCACCAGGGCAGCUCGGCGCAGGAUCCCGUUCUCGACCUGGCGUGCCUGGAGUGCUUGGAGAGCGUCCUCCACGCCGGUGGGCGUUACGUCGACGACAGAUAUCAGCAGCAACAAGAGGGCUGCGUUAUAGCAUAGGGUGUGAGUGAGGAGUUUCGGAGCAUGGGGGCGGCCUGGCUCCGUGCUGUAAUAUGCUGGCGCCUGGCACCACGUGGGCCGAUUUGGGAAGUUCGAGGGCUCCGGAAGAAAGAAGGGGCGGGAUGCAAACGGUGUUGUAUGCAUGCGCUCGGAAACAGCGUGUGUACAUUUGUGUGCUUGGAUCAUGGGUUGACGGGGGUGUUGUCCACGGAUAUAGUCCGGACAAUGGUUUGACAGAACUUGUCCCACUAGGGCGCAUGCUUCUUGCGAUGGAAUUCCCAGGCAUGGAGCGUCGAGGACGGCCGUUGAUGGUGUGUGUUGAACGCAAGGUAGGGUCUGUUGGACGUGGUCUUUGUCUACGGACCAAACGUGAGGAGGGUUGUUGAUGCUACACCAUGCUCUUCUUUUUGCUCUCUCGGGUUGACUGUACGCUCGGGCAUGAAUCGAUGAACUUGUCGUGACGUUGGACUUUUUGUUGCUUGGGUUGGAACAGGAACAACGUUGACGCGUGUUUCACUUCGCUGUCGUGCUUAGCUUUCCACCAAGGUUCUGGCAGACGAAUGAAGAGUAAACGGAGUUUAGCCAUUUGCCAGAUUUUGAUCACGCCAGUGUACGAUCAUCUCAUAAGAAUGUUGGCAUGGAAUGUAGCAAUUAUGGCGCGCGUCAACUUUUGGUUCAUCGUGUAUAUUUUUUAGGUGUAUCACCUUAGUUCCAGCAGUCCAGCAUCACUGAAAUCCCGACGUUUAUAGACACUCGC